CUUUUACCCAAUCAGGUCAAACGCACACUGCUCUGCUCCUGUGACAGUCAGAAUCAGAAACAUGGCGUUACGGGAGCUUUCGUCGCUGGAGAAAUACUUAGGAUUGAAAAAGCCGAACAAGUACAGUACACAGGCGGAUAAAAAGAUACCUGUGCUACAGAAUAAUAAUGGUCCUCCACUGGUAGGGCUGGUGACUAUCGCCUGUCACCUGGUGAAAGAGGCCAAGCGCCCAAACCUGCUGGGAGACAGUGCAGAGAGCAGGGCUGUGGUGCACCAGUGGCUGGAGUACAGAGUCACCAAGCUGGACGGCUGCACAAAGGAAGAUAUCAAGACCAUCCUGAAGGAUCUCAACCUCUACCUGCAAGACAAGGUCUACAUGGCUGGCAACCAGUUCACCUUAGCUGACCCUUUCAUGUACUAUGGAAUCCAUCCACUCAUAGUUUGCCACCUUCAUCGUGAAAUACCAGGGACACAGACUUGUCAAACAGUGGUGGACUUGGCCAUCCAGGACAAGGAGCAGUAUGUGAACGUGACGCGAUGGUUCGACCACAUUCAGCACUACCCCGGCAUCCGACACCACCUCCCUCCCGUAGUUGUGCCCAGGAACAGACUUUACACCAGCAAACACCACUAAGACGUGACCCCCACACUCCCCAUCCCAGCCUGACGCAUCACAAGCUCGUCUGUCUUUUGGACUAGACCUAGGCAAAUUAUCUCCUAAAAUCCAAGAGCGUAUCGCUUCAUUAUCACAAUUUGAGGAUGUUUCCACAUAGUCACUUCUAUCCAACAUCUCCUUUUAUCGGAUCAUGAUUCCUGCCUUAAUGUAUUGUCCUGGUCACAUACCUAAACCCUGUUUGCUCUUUGGAUUUUUUUUUAAAUAUACGUUUAACCAGGGAAAUCAAUAACAAAACAACUAAAGCCUAACAGCUUUAGUGUAUGAGGAACUGAAACGCCAUUAAGGGAUUGCUUACUAAUAAAUUCAAGUGCAGUUCAUAUUCUUUAACUUCUCAAUCAUUCAAUCCUGCUCACACUAAAACAAGUUUGGUGUCUUAACCCUUAUUCAGUAACUAGGGAGCAAAGAUGUGAGACACUCAAUGUUGGUCUUUUAUGUUUUUUGUUGCAAAUUUUUUGUAGGACUUUUGGAAGUCUUCGUUUGUAUGGUUGUUUUCAAAGGGAAAGCUGUACUGUUUGCGGUGAAGUGCUGCUAGCUUGUUUAAAAAGGUGUUUCUAUUUAUAAAUUGUGGUUUAAUGGUUUAAUUUUUUUUUGGAGAGGUUUUAAAAGACUUCAAAGAUUUUACUUAACUGGUAUUAUGUCCUCAGGACAAGCAGCUUCCUUCAGGCCAUAUCAAUGCAUUUCCAGCAACAGUUUGUCCAAAUAAAUGUGGUUGCUGGUUCAGCAUCAUAACCCCAUAAUGACCACAGUCAUUCUGCCAGCUCUCUGCCCUAAAGAACAUAGUGGUCCCUCUCAGCUCGCAUCCCUAUCAGGACUGUUUUCUUAGGAUUUUAUGUUUUUUUACAUGCAACUCUAAGCCAUUUCACUGGACAGUGUGUGUGUGUGAUUACAUCCGCUCUCUGUCCCACUUCCUCACCACCAGUUGUGUGGGCAGCAGUGAGCAGUUGAGCGUCAGCCCCAGAGUCAGAGAUCAGAGUGAGGCUCCAAUCAGUCCCACUACCACCACUGUUGAUGCUGCAGGCCAGAGAGAGGGCAGCGGGCUCACCAGCUGCCACACAGAGCCAGCCAGCCAGCCAAGGCCAGAACCCAGACCCCUGGGCGACAGUAAGCCACUGUGUGUCAUUUCAACCCUCGCUCUCCCACGGGGCUACUGGCGAGAGAAGGACGAAGGAAGGAAGGGAGGGAGGGAGGGAGGGAGGCCAUAGAGAGAGGAAAAAGAGCACCCAGAGGCCGAGGGAUCUUUUUUGUGACGUGAACAAUGACCCGUGCCUCGGAAAGCCUUACUGCUGCUGGCUGGAGGUGUGCCAUUGGCACCGUUAACAGGCCAUGCCGUUGCUGUGUCGGUAGACCCUGUAAUUAACAUCAUGAAGGUAAUGAUAAGUAGACACAGACCAACAGAAAAAUACAUGUUAUUGAGCUAAAUUCAAAUGAUCAUUGCUUAUGCUGAUGUAUAAAACUAUUAAAAAAGACGCUAAAGUAUUUUAACACAAACAUUGAAUGUUCUAGUCUGGAUAAAUCUUAGAAGACUGGCUGCUUUUGUGUUUGCAUCAAUGUUUCUGUUGUUCUUUACGGUCUUCUGUUAAAAUGUUUUCAGCCACGUUUCUCAUUUCCUGCAUCCGAACAGGCUCUCCAUAUCUUUGUGUCUGUUGCUUAUACCUUCAGUGGUUUUUAUUAUCUGAUGUUACCAUGCUGUUCAUCCUUUGCCAAUAAAUCAGAGGGAUGCACACCUUCUGACCCCUGACUUCUGUGCACGA